AUGGUUGAUAAACUAAGUUCUGAAGAGCGUAAUGAGCUGCUACAGCCACUAAUUCAAGCAGGAUGGAAGGUUCAAAGCAACCGUGAUGCAAUUGAAAAGGAAUUCAAAUUUAAAGAUUUCAAUGAAGCAUUUGGAUUUAUGACAAGAGUGGCAUUGUUAGCUGAUAAAAUGGACCACCAUCCAGAAUGGUUUAAUGUAUACAACAAAGUACAGGUAACAUUGUCUUCCCAUGAUGUUAAUGGUCUCAGUAAGAGAGAUGUUCGAAUGGCUGCAUUUAUGGAUCUACUCAUUAAAUGA